AUGAGCAAUGAGGAGGAAAGGAUGCUUAGUGAGACGUCAAGAAACAUGAAAGCAACAGUACAGAUCAUACAAGAAAAGAUCAAUCAGCAAGACCUGCUCUAUGAAUCAAUAGAAGCAGAGACUGAAAAGGCAGAUAGAAUUCUAAUGGCAAAUAUCGAUAGAUUUGGAGAUGCGAUCAAAAGGAUGAACAACGACCCAAGAAACAAAGUAAUCUUUAUUCUAGCAUUAAUACUCAUCAUAUGCAUCUCAUACUUGAUCAUUUAA